AUGCUCGGGAAUCAUUCGACUACCAUGUCAUCCAGCAUAACGGUUCUUCUUCCGCCACUCCUGCCUGUCACCGAAAAUGAUCAUGGUGCUUGGGUUAUCACUGUGAGCACUAUUCUACUUAUUAUUACUAUCCUCGCGACAACAGUGACCGUGAUAUCUCGCAUCCGCGUUUUACGCGGAGUUUCCUGGAGCGAUUCUACUUUAUUUCUCAGCUGUAUCAUAUUCAUUCCUCAGACUGUGUGCGUGAAUAUAGCCAGCUCCAAUGGCAUUGGCAAGCACCGAGAUGCACUGAGUAAUGCCUCCUUUGAGAAAUACAGCAAGACGCUCUUCGUUAGUCAACUUCUCGCCAUUCUCGUCUUGGGGUGUUCCAAGGCCGCCGUUGCACUUCUCGUCCUAUCAUUGCAACCUUUUGAGAAAACAACGCUCGCAUGCAAGAUUGUUUUGGGCUUGGUCAGCGCCUGGACCCUAGCCUCACUAGUAGCGCUCGGAAACCAGUGUGAUCAGCCGCAACCGUGGAACUCCAGCCCCGAGCGAUGUGUAGAUCAAGAAGUGUUAUAUAUCGCGCUGGGAGGUGUCCAUAUGUUAUUAGAUGUGGUAAUUAUAGGGCUGCCAGUGACUCUACUACAUCAAGUCCAGAUAUUGCGGUGGAAGCGCCACCAAAUCUCUGCCCUAUUUGCGAUGCGGAUCCUAGUCCUUGCCCUGACUAUCGCUGGUCUACGCUCCCUCCGACCACUCUAUAACUCCAACCCCAUAGAUGAAACAUGGAAUGCCCUCAUGCCAGCCAUCUGGCUACAAUUAAUCCUCAGCUCCUCAAUUAUCUGCACAUGCAUCCCAACCCUCAAACGGGUACUCGCCGAGCUCCAGACAGGCAUGAUGGCCGGUGUAGUUUCAGACUUUUUCGAGCAGUCUGUCUCAGGUCACACCAACUCGGGAGAUCGAUCAGCGUCCAAGUCUGAUAAUGCCGUUGGACAAGGAUCAGGAUCAGGGUCGGCGUCCCGCUCCCCAAUUCGAAAAGACUCGCUCGACAUCGAGCGCGUGGAUAGUCAAAAGAGUCUGCGCGAAAAUGACAACGUGCGAACGAUCAACUAUGAGGCCUUUUAA